CAAAAGAGGAAAACAUCUCACAGAAAAACUAAAUUGUGUUUGAGUUCACCUCUUUCAUAAAGCGGAAUAAACAGCUGGGACAACAUGGACCUGGACUCAAUGAAGUAUGCGGAUUUGCGAAGCCUCGCUAAGGAGCUCGGGGUGAAGGCGAAUAUGAAGGCUGAUAAACUCCUGAAAGCCAUCAAACAGCACUAUGAAGAGGAGAAGCAGGAGGAGAAGGAAGUGCAGGGACACGAUGGUGAUACCGUCCCACAUGAGGAAAAUGUUGCUCAGGAAAAUCCCAAGGAAGAAGUCUGCGGCAGCGGUGCGUUUGUGAACACGCGGCGCGGGAGGGGGCCCGGCACCAAGAGGAGGGUCACUGAGGCCAAGUCCAGCGCAGAAGCACCACAGGUUCACAAAGAGGCAUGCACCAGUGCGAAGAAGCGAAAGGUGUCCUCUGACAAGGACUCUGGAAGCAUUUCAGAAGUUUCCAGCGAGGAGCAGCAGCCUGACGUGAAGGAUGAAGCUCCUGUUCCGGUGGAAACAGAAAAGCCAGCAAGAGUGAUCAAGGCGGGCAGGAUCCCUCGCUACCAAGGACUCCAGCAGAAGAGGAUGACGCUGAAUCCCACCACUGCCACCAGUGUAAUAAAUGUUUCAGGCGGUCCCUUUAGGUACAAAUGA